UGGAUGAUAUGCGCGGAGAAGACCGCCUCGGGGUUAUAAUUCAACACCCUGCCUGUGCAUAUUGUGACUAAAAGCAGGAGUGGAAGGUCAGAGAGAGGAGAAAAAGACGCCAUCACAGCCCCCCGUAUGUCCGCUCCGUCCUCCUGAUGGACCGGCCCGCUCAGAGACCGGCAAGCCAAACCCACCAGAGUGACAGAUAUAAAGCCCCCGAGUGUGUCCUCAGAUCAGCAUCCUCCUCCUCUUCUGCCGCUGUCAGACCUGCACACUGACUCGGAUUAACCAUUGUGUUGUGUUACCAGGAGAGCAAGCAGACGGAGCAGCCAUGUCUCAUGGAUGGGGAUACGGAGCACAUAACGGACCUGAGAAAUGGGGAGAGGAUUAUCCCGUAGCUAACGGGCCGAGACAGUCUCCCAUCAACAUCGUCCCCAGAGAGGCUCAGUACGACUCGUCUCUGAAGCCUCUGAAACUCCGUUAUGACCCCUCCAACGCCAAGGGCAUCCUGAACAAUGGACACUCCUUCCAGGUGGACUUUGUGGAUGAUGAAGACAGCUCCACUCUGACUGGAGGUCCUAUUUCUGGAACGUACCGUCUGAGGCAGUUUCAUUUCCACUGGGGAGCCGGUGAUGACAGAGGCUCCGAGCACACUGUCAACGGGAUCAAGUUCCCCUGUGAGCUCCACCUGGUGCACUGGAACACUAAGUACCCGAGCUUUGGAGAGGCAGCCAGUCAGCCUGAUGGACUCGCUGUGGUCGGGGUCUUCCUCAAGAUCGGUGCUGCCAAUCCCAGACUGCAGAAAGUUCUGGAUGCCCUGGAGGCCAUUAAGUCCAAGGGAAAACAAACGACCUUUCCAAACUUUGAUGCAAAGACACUCCUUCCUGCUUCUCUGGAUUAUUGGACCUAUGACGGCUCUCUGACCACGCCCCCCCUGUUGGAGAGCGUCACCUGGAUUGUCCUCAAGGAGCCAAUCAGUGUCAGCCCUGCACAGAUGGCCAUGUUUCGUAGCCUCCUGUUCACCGGAGAAGAGGAAACUCCAUGCUGCAUGGCCGACAACUACCGCCCCCCUCAGCCUAUGAAGGGCCGUCAAGUACGCGCCUCCUUCAAAUAAACCCUGAGUAAUCGUCAAAGCUUUCCUGCCCCUUUACUAUUCCACCCCUCAUUUCUUUAACCUUAUUUUAACUCUUUUCCACAUGCAAUGUUUCCUUAGCUCAUAUGUGCCCCAUCCAUUUUACGCCUGGGAAGUGGAAUUAAAAAAAACAUCCACUUAAACUUUCUAUGACAAAGACAACCUGGAUGUAUCAUGAUUCAAAGGUCAAAAGUGAUUUUCAAGCUUUGACACUGUUGAGACACGCUGUGAAGUGAGUCUCAAUCUGAGAUGAAAUUCCUUUUUGAACAUGACAAAUAUUUGAUGGCCUUUAAGGCUCACCUCCUACCUUCAACCAUACAAAUCAAUGCUCGCUCACUCUCUUAUGCCUCAUUUCCCCUGCACAGCUAAAGGUACGCAUCAUAAUGACAAGACUAGUGUUGCUAGGAACCCUCCUUUUUUUGUUUUUCAUUUGCAGAUUUGCAGAUUGUUCCUUUUCAUUAUCGUCAAAAAUAUAAAGAAUUGCAGUCAAGAUUCUCAGUUAAUCUUUUAGAAAGUAUAAAAAGGUGUUGCCUUGUUUGAAAAUUAAUUGCCUUGAUCAUCCUCCUGAAGCUUCUCUCUAUGCAUUUCAUUGUAUCUCGCCUCACGCCACAGACAGCUGCUCAGAUCAUAGUAGACUAUUUUUUUAUUGACUCAGUCAGUUUGGGACAAAGUGAUCAUCACGAGAUCUGGCUAAACAUUUUGGUGAUUUCUUUUUAUUCAGACAGUAGGUGGGAACUUCAGCCUCCACCCACCAGCUGACAUUACUAUGCAAUUAGCUCUUUGGACUUGUAAUCACCUCCUGAUGGCAAUGCUGAAGACUGUUCCAGUAUGAUGUGAACAGGUAUCUGCAGAUUGUUCAGACUGAGGCCGUGUCCACACUAUAGAGUCUAAAAGACAAGGCUUUAAUGUUUUAAGCUUGCUCAACUCGUCAAAUAUGGCAGCUCUGUCAGCCCUCACACUGAAAAAAAUUACUUUUGGUUACCUAGGAAUUCUAUUGUUGUUGCCGUGGCAACAAAUUAAGUAUGGAUAUUGUAUGAGUUUGACCAGUAUCAUAACAUCCCUGAAUGUAAGUUUGUGUAUAACUUCAGGUAUGAUAUUUUCAUAAUCAGGUAUGUUUAUUAAAUGUAAAACACAGGUGAGUUAAGAAGGUUUGUGAAGUACAGAAGCUCGAAAGUUAUGUUGGUUGGUCGCAUAAGUCGAUAAUGUACAUCAGCAACAAAAGUUUGUCAAUUUGGUUAAAUUACUUUUAUGUUAAACCUUUUUAAAACCCAAACAAUUAAAACGCUGAAAUGAAAUAUUAAAUCACAAUUAAUUAUUUAUGCUUUUAUUUUGUAUUUUUGUACUGCCUUAAGCUAAGGGUACUUUACUUCCUGUUUGGAUGCACACCUGAUUUAAUUUGAAAGGAAAUAAGGGCCUUUUGAUAGACCGAAGGUUACAACAUAAACUUUAUCACAGAAAAAGGUCCUCGUAACCGAUUGAAAAGUAAAACAGCUGAAAAGGACGGUAUAAAGGGAAAUGUUUGAUUUCUCAUUUGACUGCUUUAAUUUAAUUUUGAUAAAGAUUGUUUUUAGAUUGUGACAUUUUGAAGCAUAUGGCUGCUGACUGAGCUGCUGUACAUGAUGAGAGUGGGACCAUGUUGUUGUUUUUUCCUCUGUGUAUUCUUUCCAUCAACUUGAAUUCUUUUGCUGUUGUCAUGGCAAUAGCCAGUUUAUCGUACUACGAGUGUCUCUAAAUGUGACUCCAUGUUUUUAUUCUAACUGAGACCUGAACUGCCUCUCACCACAGUGCAUUAAACAAUGUUAACAAGACUCAUGUUGGUAAAUUAAAGUGAUGAAUUUAUAAAGAAGUGUUCAUGACCGACGACGCUAAUGUUACUUUUUGCUUUUUGCGAUCAUGAAGCAGCAGUUUCCCUUCAAGAGUCUCACUUCAAACUGUUGUCACAGAAAGAACAGGUUUUGUGUGCAAAUGUGUCAUCACUGGAAAACGGUGUCAAUAAAAAGUCAUAACUUAAUCAC